AUGCAAAUUCAAUCUCAACCCUUAUGCGGGCCGUCGGCGGAUCUUCCCCUCCUGAAAAGCACUCCGGUCGAAGGUUCGUCCCAGCACCAAGGCGUCCUUCAAAGGCAUUGCGCUGAGCAACCUUACAAAACUUACAACAGCACGACUCCGCCACAACUGAAACAACGAGGCAGUCUGAGUCCGUCCGAGAACGCUUACGCGCAGCGGUGCGUUACCACAGGACCUUACUACACUGGCAAUGUACACGCACAACACAUCGGACUGGCAGGCUUUGGGCUCGAGAGGUCGGAGAAGCAGAUCAGAUAUGAGCUUGGGCGAUUAUGCAAAUUGCUUCAACCCUCCGAAAAAUAUCAGACGUAUCGCGAGAAGCAGCCUUCUCUUACACCGGCCGAAGUCAUCGCACGAGAUGCAGCAGAGAGGAAGGAGCAGGAAAGGAGAAAGGCGGAGGGUCUACAGCAAGAGAAGGACAAGACUGUCUGGCCUGAUUUCAUAGAGCAGGCCUUUUGGACAGCACUUGUCCGAUGGCCACCGAUGGGUCGGAAGAAAUACAUGCUCGAAGGCACACAGCGAGGGCGAAACGAGCUGAUCCAGGAUUCCAUAUACAAGGACACAGGUAUCAGACGCGACCGCAAACAGAUCUCCAGUCACCUUCGGGUACUCAAGAGCAAGCUCAGAGCUGUUCCUGCUGUCCUUCUCUAUAUGGCCACACCAGAGGAUGUUAUGCAGCACCAAUGCACGAGCACACCCGUUCGUACAUGCCAUUCGUCACAUCUGCGUGGCCGCCAACAUGCGCAGCGCACUGAUUCUGUUACCAAAUAUGAGUACAAUACGUCCUCACCGCACGUUUGGCCACAUCACAGUGACCCACAACAAGACCUUGCCUUAAGUUCCGGCCUGGAUAGUGGCUCGCUAUCACCUCUAUUCACAGUUGCGGACUUUAACAUAGUCGUUGACGGUGAUGAUCACCCCGUGCAUUGUUUGACCGAAGCGCACUCGAACGGCAAGCUCGACGGCCUGAACAUCACAGAUCUCGCCUCCUGGCGUCAUGAAUACCCUGAAUUUGGAUUUCUACAAUCCGAGACGGAGAACUGGAUGAGGAGCGGCCAGAAGGUGUUGGUCUGUACCGCAUCCAUACAGGCGAUGACAGAAGUACGACCGGAUGCUGAUCUAACCAUCGCAUUCGAUCUCCACUCGCAUCUUGAUCUCUCCAGAUACGACUAUUUGGAAUACAUGACGAAUUUCUAUGAUAACGGGAAAAGUGCUGUUGAGUUAGAAUUCGACAGCACGGAUCGUGAUAAGAAAGAACGAAGCACGACAUGUGAGUAUCAGCCAGAUUCUCAUGGAUCCAAUGGCGUUUUGCGUAUCGAUUUUGGGGCUGUCUUUUGGACGGUACGGAUGAGACAGUACCAGAACAUGAGGCACAGAGAUGACAGAAGCGUCGGGGACUCGUUGCAACAUUUCACGGCACUUCAAGAUAUAUACGGCAUAGUACCUGGCACAGGUGAGGCUCGAUGCCUUUGCACUAUCCUUUGGAAAUUCCAGCAGCCAAGGAACUCUGCAGACGUUUGUAGUAUGGAAUGGCACUCGAUUAGCUUCGCUAAGUGCCGGCCAGCUGCAGAAGAGAGAUGGUGCAAUGAGGCAAAAUACCAAACCGAAGAUCUGGGGGAUGUGGAGGUUGAGCAUCAGCAAAUUACGAACGUACCGACGUCUACACCAACGGAUACGACGCCAUAUCAACAAGCUUCACAACUACCGGUGGACUUGGCACAAACACACGUAACACAUCGCCCAUACAAGAUUGAGCCUCAUCAUGAGCGCUAUCCGCCACCACUUUCUAUUGAUAUCCUUGGGUCUAUGCAACCAGAUUUAGACCAUCUCGACGGUUCCGCAGCCACCAUUACAACAGACUAUUCACAACAAAGCUUCGCGCUGCCACACAACCAAGGCACACUAUUGUCAAACGCACACGAUAACGACUUCGAUUUCGACGGUGGUCACAUGGCUAUCAGGGGCGACUUCGAACCGACCAUGAGUAUCUCGGCUUAUGGAAGAUUCCCAAGCCAGAACGCCAGGCUCGAAGGCUCGCAUUUGCUUGCUGGAUUAGAGCACGCUGAAUUCGCGGCUAUGGGGCUUGAUAUCGGUGAGCAUGGCCAAUUAGUCCCCGUCAACGCAAAUGACUUGCACGAUUCCACCGAUCUAGCUUGCUAUUCGACCAAGCCGAACUGGCAACACGCACAUCUCAUCUCCAACCUCGAGAACGCAGCAGAGCAGUAUCACCCUUACAUCGGCCCUGAUAAUCAUAUGCAACGAACACAGAAUCAUGAAAACUCGCGUGGCGACGAUGUUUAUCAACAAAUCAUUGAGAUGGAGGAGUCAGUGGCAACCGGCCUCCAUGACGUACACGCCCAAGCCAAUUAUAGCUUAUGGGGCUUGCAAGGGCUACAAAGCCCGUUCCAGAAAGGAUCUGAUAGUGGCAGUGGCAGUGGGCUAAAUUACAGAAAAGAGCAAGCACACAGUUCAGAGUUUGGUGUGCCGGAUGUGGUCGAGAGAAAUCAAAGGGGUAAAGGCUAUUAG